AACGCGCGGCGCGGCUCCUCCCCCGCCACACCCGGUACUGCAGGAAGAGGAACAGCCGCGCCCAACUCCUGGCCGGCCCCGGACCAGCGCAGCGCUAUGGCGGCGGAGGAGGUGGACGGGCUGGGUGCGUUCCGGCCGCGCUACGGCUCUGUCUUGGAUAAUGAGAGAUUAACAGCAGAGGAAAUGGAUGAAAGACGACGCCAGAAUGUAGCCUAUGAAUACCUUUGUCAUCUGGAGGAAGCAAAGAGAUGGAUGGAGGCCUGUCUGAAUGAAGAGCUUCCUCCCACGACAGAACUGGAAGAAGGAUUGAGAAAUGGUGUCUACUUGGCCAAACUUGGAAACUUUUUCUCCCCCAAAGUGGUUUCUGUGAAAAAAAUCUAUGAUAGGGAACAGACUAGAUAUAAGGCAACUGGCCUCCACUUCCGGCACACUGAUAAUGUAAUUCAGUGGUUAAAUGCCAUGGCUGAGAUUGGUCUCCCCAAGAUAUUCUACCCAGAAACUACAGAUAUCUAUGAUCGCAAGAACAUGCCACGCUGUAUCUACUGUAUUCAUGCACUCAGCCUGUACCUGUUCAAAUUGGGUCUUGCCCCGCAAAUUCAGGAUUUAUAUGGGAAGGUGGACUUCACAGAGGAAGAAAUCAGUAAUAUGAGGCUUGAACUGGAGAAAUAUGGUAUUCAGAUGCCAGCCUUCAGCAAGAUUGGAGGAAUUCUAGCAAAUGAACUCUCUGUGGAUGAAGCAGCAUUACAUGCUGCUGUCAUUGCCAUUAAUGAGGCAAUUGACCACCAGGUUCCAGCUGACACUCUUGCGGCAAUGAAGAACCCUAAUGCCAUGCUAAUAAAUCUUGAUGAUCACUUGGAAUCUACUUACCAAGAUACUCUCUACAGAGCGAAAAAGGACAAGAUGGAGAAUGCUAAAAACAGGAUUUCUUCAGAAAAUUCAGAGAGAGAGAGAGACGUGUAUGAAGAACUUCUGACUCAAGCUGAGAUUCAGGGAAACAUCAAUAAAGUGAACACGUGUGCGGCCAUAUCAAAGAUUGACCAAGCUUUGGAACAAGGAGAUGCGUUAGCACUGUAUGAAGCUUUGGCAACACCAGCCCUGGGACUCCGAGGAUUGCUACGAGAAAACUGUGACUGGUAUUUCAAGCAGCUUUUGAGUGAUAGACAGCAGAAACAGGAGGCUGGUAUUGCAGGUCUUCUGCAGAAGGAGGAUUUACAGGUGGGAGUGGAUGCUGCUAACCGGGCAGCACAACAGUAUCAGCAAAGGCUGGCAGCAGUGACCAGAAUUAAUGCUGCAAUUAGAAUGGGUAAUGCUGAGAAGACUAUGGCAGAAAUGAUGAAUCCAGAGGCCCAGUUACCAGAGGUUUAUGCAUUUGCUGCAGAUCUUUAUCAAAAGGAGCUGGCCACCUUGCAGCAACAAAGCCAUGAUGGUAACCUCACCCAUCCAGAAUUAUCUGUUGCUGUAGAGAUGCUCUCUUCUGUGGCCCUGAUUAAUAGGGCUUUGGAUUCAGGGGAUGCGAGUACAGUGUGGAAACAACUGAGCAGUCCUGUCACAGGACUAACAAACAUUGAGGAUGAGAACUCUCAGAGAUAUAUUGAUGAUCUGAUGAAGCUGAAAGCUCAGAUGCGUGCAGAAGAAAAUGAAUUUAUCACGUGGAAUGAUAUCCAGUCGUGUGUGGAUCGUGUGAACCUAGUUGUGCAUGAAGAACAUGAAAGGAUUUUGGCAAUUGGGCUUAUCAAUGAGGCACUGGAUGAAGGAGACACCAAAAAAACUCUGCAAGCCUUACAGAUUCCUGCAGCAAAACUGGAGGGUGUAACCCCAAAGGUUGCUCAGCAUUAUCAGGACACACUACUUCGGGCUAAGAGAGAGAAAGCACAGGACACUCAGGAUGAAACAGCUGUGCUUUGGCUCGAUGAAAUUCAGGAUGGGAUUCAGAGGGCUAACAAGGACACAGAGGAGUCACAGAGAUUUUCCUUAGGAAUUCUGGCCAUUAAUGAAGCAGUAGAUCACGGAGAUACUGGCCGUACCCUCAGUGCCUUGCGCUCGCCAGAUGUUGGACUGUAUGGAGUCACUCCAGAAUGUGCAGAGACAUACCAGCGAGAGUUGGCAGAAGUCAAGAGAAGAAAAAUGGCAGCAGGAGGCAAUGGCAGUGAAUGGGUGAAACACUGGGUGAGAGGAGGCUAUCAUUAUUAUCAUAACCUGAGGACCAAAGAGGGAGGAUGGGAUGAACCAACCGAAUUUGUACAAAAUGACACACAGCUGUCACGGGAGGAGAUACAGAGCACUAUAUCUGGAGUCACGGCAGCGUACAACCGAGAGCAGUUGUGGCUGGCCAAUGAGAACCUGAUUGUGAAGCUUCAGGCUUGUUGCCGGGGCUAUCUUGUUCGUCAGGAAUUCAACUCCAGAAUGAGUUUUUUGAAGAAACAAGUUCCAGCCAUCACUUGCAUCCAGUCCCAGUGGCGUGGCUAUAAACAGAGGAAGGCAUAUCAAAUCCGUUUGGAUUACCUACGAGCACACAAGGACCAAGUAGUGAAGAUUCAAUCAAUGACCAGGAUGUAUCAAGCAAGAAGGCGUUACAGAGAUCGCCUGCAGUAUUUCAGAGACCAUAUAAAUGAUAUUAUAAAAAUUCAAGCUUUUAUCCGAGCAAACAAAGCACGAGAAGACUACAAAACCCUCAUUAAUGCUGAAAACCCCCCUAUGGCUGUGGUUCGGAAAUUUGUCCACUUGCUUGAUCAGAGUGACCAAGAUUUUCAGGAGGAGCUUGAGCUAAUGAAACUGCGUGAGGAAGUUGUAACCUUGAUCCGAUCUAAUCAGCAGUUGGAAAAUGACCUCAAUCUCAUGGACAUCAAGAUUGGACUGCUAGUGAAAAACAAAAUUACACUGCAGGACGUUGUGUCUCAUAGCAAAAAGCUUACGAAGAAGAACAAGGAACAGCUCUCUGACAUGAUGAUGCUGAAUAAGCAAAAGGGAGGUUUGAAAGCAUUGAGCAAAGAGAAGAGGGAAAAGCUGGAAGCCUAUCAGCAUCUUUUCUACUUACUUCAGACUAACCCAACAUACUUGGCCAAGCUGAUUUUUCAGAUGCCUCAAAACAAAUCCACAAAGUUCAUGGAUUCAGUCAUCUUCACGCUGUAUAACUAUGCGUCCAAUCAAAGAGAGGAAUAUCUGUUGUUGCGGCUUUUCCAAACAGCAUUGCAGGAAGAGAUCAAAUCAAAAGUAGACCAAAUACAUGAAAUUGUGACUGGAAAUCCCACAGUGAUUAAAAUGGUUGUAAGUUUCAAUCGUGGUGCCCGUGGUCAGAAUGCCCUGAGGCAGAUCCUGGCGCCAGUUGUGAAGGAAAUAAUUGACGACAAAUCACUCAAUAUCAAAACUGAUCCAGUGGAUAUUUACAAGUCCUGGGUUAACCAGAUGGAAUCUCAGACUGGUGAGGCCAGCAAAUUGCCAUACGAUGUUACACCUGAACAAGCUCUAAAUCAUGAAGAGGUGAGGACGCGCCUGGAUGCCUCAAUCAGAAAUAUGAAGACAGUGACAGACAAGUUCCUGUCUGCCAUCGUUAGUUCAGUUGACAAAAUCCCUUAUGGAAUGCGUUUCAUCGCCAAGGUACUGAAAGACUCCCUGCAUGAGAAGUUUCCCGAUGCUGGUGAGGAUGAGCUCCUGAAGAUUGUUGGCAACUUACUCUAUUAUCGCUACAUGAAUCCAGCCAUUGUUGCACCAGAUGCAUUUGACAUAAUUGAUCUUUCAGCUGGAGGUCAGCUGACCACAGAUCAACGAAGAAACCUUGGUUCUAUUGCAAAGAUGCUGCAGCAUGCUGCGUCCAAUAAGAUGUUCAUGGGAGACAACGCACAUCUAAGCAUCAUUAAUGAGUACUUGUCACAGUCAUACCAGAAAUUCAGACGCUUUUUUCAGGCUGCUUGUGAGGUUCCUGAAUUGCAAGAUAAAUUUAAUAUUGAUGAAUAUUCUGACUUGGUGACUCUCACUAAACCAGUUAUUUAUAUUUCUAUUGGUGAAAUCAUCAAUACGCACACUCUGCUCUUAGACCAUCAAGAUGCAAUUGCUCCCGAACAUAAUGAUCCAAUUCAUGAGUUGUUGGAUGAUCUUGGAGAAGUUCCUACAAUUGAGUCCUUAAUAGGGGAAGGGUGUGGCAAUGUUAAUGACCCGAACAGGGAGAUGCUAGCAAAGACGGAGGUUUCUCUUACACUCACUAAUAAAUUUGAUGUUCCUGGUGAUGAAAAUGCAGAGAUGGAUGCUAGGACAAUUCUGCUGAAAGUCUCUAAGAAGCCUCGAGAGAUGAAAGGCAAAAACAGUAAAAAGAUUUCUUUAAAAUACACUGCAGCUCGACUUCAUGAGAAGGGAGUGCUUUUAGAGAUUGAGGACCUGCAAGUUAACCAAUUUAAAAAUGUAAUAUUUGAAAUCAGUCCAACAGAAGAAGUAGGAGAUUUUGAGGUAAAAGCAAAAUUCAUGGGGGUACAGAUGGAAACCUUUAUGUUGCAUUAUCAGGAUCUUUUGCAGCUGCAGUAUGAAGGUGUUGCAGUCAUGAAGUUAUUUGACAGAGCAAAAGUAAACGUCAAUCUUCUGAUCUUUCUUCUGAACAAGAAGUUUUAUGGGAAGUAACUGACCUUUGCUGGCAAGUCUGUGAAAGGGGAGAUAAAUGGAAACCUGCGUAUAUGGCUUCUAAUGACUUAGCUAUGCAUCAGUAUAUGCCCACGCCUUGCUAAAAUGUAUCAAAUGUGUUGUGAUUAAGGCCUAAGAACUUCUUGAGAAUUGAUAGUGCUGACUGACACUGCAGGGAGUUGCUUACUUGUACCUUUAUGACGUUUAUGUUCAACUUGACACUGUAAUAAUUUACAGAUGGCCUCUUGCGUAGAGGUACUAUUGUAUCCGUUUAUUAACGCUUAAGGAUGGGAAGUGAAACAGAAAAAUUCUUGGCAGGUUAUCUUUUAGUGUUGCUUGCAAAGGUUUUGAAAAGUAAAAUUAACUUUUUUUUUUUUUCCCCAGUUUUAGAUCAGCGUUCCCUAUAUCUUGAUCAGAUUUAAAAAACAUUUGGCUCUACCUGCAGACUGGUCAAAAUAAGACAAUUAUCUUAAAUAGGUUGGCUUUUAAAAAGUUUAAUUUUUCUAGCUCUGUCAAACUCCUCAUUUCAUUUAACACGUAGUGGAUUUUUCACCAUGGUGAUUGUGCUAGCUGUUCUGCUAUAUCCAGUAACAAUGGAGAGACUCUUGAAUAUAUCCAACCAAAAAUUGUUUGCCCUCCCCCCUCCUUUUUUUUUUUUUUUUAAGAAACAUCUCUCUUAAUUACAAAUCUCAUGACAUUUUUGCUGGUUGGUUUGUUUGUUUGUUUGGAUCACUGAGUUGUAGAAUUGCCUUAUCUCUGAACUAAUACACUGUAUUAGUUCAUUGGCAUUGAUUUUUGCUGGUGAAAGCCACUUAUUGUAUUUGAAUUGGGUACAUCCCUGAGCAUAAUUUUUCUGUAAUCCUGUAAUAAGUAUCUGCUAGUGUCUAGUCUGCAUGAAAUACAUGUUAUUGGCAUGCACCAACAUUAAAACGUCUUAUUAGAAGAUAGCUUAUAAGAAGAUAUCAUAUAAGAAGAUAUUUUAAUGUUGGUCCAGCACAAUAACAAAAAUUCCUUUUUAUAACAUACCAUACCGAAAAACGUGUUUGCAGAGUAGGUCAUCUGAAAGAGAGUGACCUCAGAACCAGAUUUUUGCUGGUAUCUUAAGAAGAGAUAUGAAAUGAGUUAAAGAUCUUGCCUUGAUUUUUAAUUUUGUCUGGCUACGUGUGAGUUUGCUGUAUUGUAGAGGGACUUGAGAAUUGAAUUACUUUGAGUUGGGGAUGAUGAGAGUAACGGUAGAAAAUUCUUAAAUAUUGUUAAGAAAAUGCAGCUGUAACCUGCAAGCUCUUGGGCUACAGAGAUUAAUCCCCUCUUUUUUUUUUUUUUUAAUUGAAAACUUUUAGUAUUUUUCAGUGUCUGGCAGUCUUUAAACUACAUCCCAGGGGGGAUUCAGGGAAAAUGCAGUGAGGUGUUAGUGGUGAUCAUAGACUGGUCAAGGAAAACAUCCUUACCAGGUGACUUACAGUACUUGUCUUAUUACCUACACCUAUUGACAAAAAAGUUUUUGACAAAAAUUGAAAACAAACAAAAAACCAACCCCCUCCCCCAAAAUUGGUUGUUUGAAAAUAAUCUGAAGAAGGAGGAGUUUGUUCAGUAGCAGAGCAUUUUUUUAAAGGAAAAACUAUUAAUAAUGACCCAGUCUCAGCACUGAGUCAUAUGUAUUUUAUAAUUUAUUGGUGAAUUAGCUUUGCUUAUUCCUGUACACCGCUGUAUUUACAAUUGGAGUAGCUACAAGUAGAAGGUAUGUCUGUCUUCGCUGGUAAAAUUUGCCUUUGUAACUCACAUACAAGUAAAAAGUAAUUUGCCCCUAUGGGUGUUUUGUGCAACCUUGACUGGAGGCAGCCCCAGACAUGUUGUUGGGCCCUGGGUGCAGCAUGGCGGUGGUGGGUAGACCCUGUCCACAGGAAACAUUGUUCAGCGGCUCUACAUUGCUGGUUUGUUGGGAGCCAAUGUUCACCUUAGAGUCAGAGUAGUACUGGAGGAGCUCUGGGCUGGGUCUCCUUGUGAAGGGUUUGGGGCAGGAGGGUAAGGGGUGCCCUGGAGAGGAGUGUGGGAUGUGGGCUCUUCUGGGCUAUGGUGCAUGCGUGAGGAGGGAGGAGGGUGGGACUAGGUAAUAUUAAAAUAGAUCAGCUUAAAUUGUUUUAGCACCUCACUUUGGGCUUUAACGUGGACUGCACAAGGCUCUGGGGUGACGGGCUGCACACAUGCUCGUGUGUCCUGGAUGUAUGCUAUGCACUAUCUUGAUUAUCUCUGUGGUGUAUUCUACAGCCAUUUUGUGCAGCUUUUAUGCUUUGAGAAUUUCCCAGCUUCCCAUCCUGGUCCCACACUCUAAAGUCCCAUGCCCAUCCCGUAGAUUUUCAAGUGAUGGCAUGCUUAGCUAUAUGAAAAGUUCCUCUGAUACCUUGUUAAAUAGUGUCAUGCUAUGGUAUUGUUUCUCUUUGUCUUGAAGCUUUCUGGUGUGACUUGACAUUCCAUUCACCUAGCUUAUCAUCGGAGACGCUUCAUUUUAUACAAACUCUGAAGGUCAAACACUCCAAACCCCUUUAACAGCUUAAAGCAGUGGUGAAAAAAGGUAUUUUAUCUGUUACACGUAGAAUGGUAAACUGUGAUUAUUGCAGAAUCUGAGGUAUUAGUUCAGUUUGUAGAGGAAUUUACCAGGAGUCAAUUCUUUUUCUUCGCUGGAACUUCUGAAUCACAGAAAAUACAUUUGAGCCUCAGAAAACUGAAGAUAAAGUAUUUCAGACGUUUUAAGAAGUGAUGCGUAGGUGUGUCCAUUUUUUUUUUUUUUUGUUACCUCGAGGCUAAAACCUGUGGGUUCUGAGAAACUCAGACUUAACUCUCAAUUAUGACUUACUCAAGGUGAUAUGGCAUGAAAACCAGACCCGUGAAAGGUGUGGACUGGGUUUUCUAAAUCUUAGGCUGCAGUAUAUAGGAGUCUUCCUUAAAGUUUUGUCAGAACAGAGAAGUUGUUCACAUAGAAAGCUUUUGUGAAUUUUUCUCAUGCAGAAUAUGUGCUAGCUCACUCUGUUUUCAGGUGCUGGUGUGAGUUGUCAGGGCUCGCAGAUGACAAAUAGCUGGUCAGAUCCUCAGGUAGAAGUCAACAGAACAUAACAAUGUACUUGAAAUGAGCAUCUGGCACAGUAUUGUUUUCUUAUACAGAUUCCAUUCAAGUAGUUACUUUUCUGACUAUGACAAAAUUAGCAAUGAUUUACUGAUUUCUGGAUCCAGUUAGCAAAAGAUUAUAUGUUUCACGAAAAAAAACCAGUCUGAUGACAAGACACAUAUCAUUGAUUAAAGAGUAGUUUCAACAAA